CAAAAUUUGCAAAAAAAUAAAUAAUUACAAAAAAAAAAAAAAAAUUCAAUUCAGUUGAAGUCAACAAAUUGCAAAGCUAACUUCUUGUCUGAUAUGUGCGCUUGAGGCGCCAGAGCUGUGAAGAAAUUCAAAAAAUUAACAUCAGUGUGGAGUGAAGUGUCGGACCAUGAGUCCAAAAUUGCACGAAUUUGCGGUUCUGUUGCAACGCGAUGGUCAGGCCACGCCCUGGGGCAUCCGUUUGGUUGGUGGCAAUGAUUUGGAUACGCCAUUGAUUAUUACAAGGGUGCAAGUUGGCAGUCCAUCGUAUGGCGAGCUAUUGCGGGGCGAUAUCAUAGCAAAGAUUGGCGAAUACGAUGCACGCGACUUGAGUCACGCCGAUGCCCAGCAGCUGUUCCGUACAGCGGGCAAUGAGAUCAGGCUAGUGGUGCACAGGGACAAUAAAAUUGCCUAUACACAGGGCGUCAAUCAGGAGAGCUCUUCGCGCAGCAACUCGACGCUGCCGCUACCAGGUAGCCCCGAAUUAUUGCCACAUCGCGGUCCAUCGCCCUUCUUGCCCGGCCCCAGUCACUUUGAGCGAGCGCUACAGCUGCCCGUCGAUACGUUGCCACAAACGGUUUUCCCCCAAUUGAAUGCCUCAGGCGGUUAUGUGGCACCGCCGGCCGGAUCGGACAUAUUUUCGCCAAAACCGACGCGCGAUCAUCAGCAGGAUGUGGAAGAGGAACAGGCAGCUAUUGUCAAUCAGCCAUACCGAACAACUCCACUGGUCUUGCCCGGUGCUAAAGUCAAAAAGGAUGCGCCCACCACAGAGUCCUACUUGAGACACUACCCAAAUCCAGCUGUGCGUGCUCAUCCAGGACAUGACUACCAUGACAGUAUCAUGAAGCAACGCGUUGCCGAUACCAUGCUGCACAAGGUUGUUGGUCAGGAUGCCGAUACCGGCAGAGUCUUCCACAAACAAUUCAACUCGCCCAUCGGUCUCUAUUCGGACAGCAACAUUGAGAACACUAUCAGACAAACAGUUCCAAUUUUCAUCGAUCUAUCUUUCCUGGAACAAAAACGUAAAAUACUGGAGCAACAAAAACAAAAAGAUCAACUUGCAGAGCAACAACGUCGACAACGCCAACAGCAACUGCAACAACUCUAUCAACAAAAUAAAUAAUCACAAAAACAAAGAAACGAAAAGCACAACUUUUUAUAAAUGAGCAAAUAGCUAAAUUUCAUAGACAAAUACCCCAACCAGAACUGAUACGACCCCAAGUCCCAAAAAACAAAACAAUACCAAAAUGAGUUCCUAUAAAACUAACACUAACAGAACAUGUUUGCUGAAAUUAUUUACUCUGUACCUAGGUAUUUAGGUGGCUUUAAAUAUAAAGGCGAAGAAUUUUAAAUUCCCACCUUCAAAGAUAAACUAUAUUUGUCAACACGAAUAGAUAUCUUUAUGAAGCUAUGUUAAACUUGUAUUUCUAUAUCCGUCCGUAAGAACUUUAAUGUUUCUAAAGCUAAGAUAUCAACAGGUAGUCAAAUUUCUAGAUAUCAACAUAAAUUUUAAUACCUAGUAUGUAUCAGAUCAAAAUUGGCUGUCGUGAGGAUUAUUUAACUAAAAUCAAAUUUCGCCAAGAUGAUUUCUUUCGUUCUUUUUGAUUUUACGAAGGGAAUUCCUUACUUAGAAGGCGAGCACAUUGUCGGCUUAGAAAUGAGUUUCAACCGCAUGAGUUUCCAGAUAUUCUAUCCAAUUAGUAUGUUCAAUAGUUUAAUGUCCUCCCGAAAACAGUUUUACUAGAUUUUCACAAUGAUAUAGCGGUCAGUCUAUUAAUUAGUCCAUUAACACUUUUGAAACGAAACUUAUUUAAUGAAAUGAAUAGGAUUGAAGACUUGAAAAAUUAGUUAGUUUCAAAUCGCAUGGGUACAGUGUAUUGCAUAGUCAGGCGGGCACGACUAUAGCAUUUUCCAUUUUAAUGAGUGUGAAGACAACACACGGAAGUUCCUAUUACCGAUAACGAAUUCCAAUGCAACCCCACAAAUAUACUAACCACAAUUAAUUACAACUAACUAAGUCACCCAGCGCACAAUUAAACACAAAACAAUACAAGAUUGCUUGGCUCAAUGCUUUGCCGCAAUCCAAAACUAAUUCAUAAAUUUAAAAAAAAAAAAACAUAUUUAUGCAUAUUAUACAAGUAUACUUUUUUUAGGCUAAUACUUUUGUUAUGCAGUUCUGUUCAGUUAUAAUAAAAUUAAAUUAGUUCUUAAGCAA